UUCAUCUCAACUACGUUUGUUACAUCGAUAUUGAUCUCGUUAUUUCCUCACAAAAGCAGCAAAGAAGUCAUUUCAUUGGCAUCGCCUCUCGGCCCAUCCAUUUCCAUCCCCACCGAUCUAUUGAUAUUCCCCAAAGCGGUCACAUAAACCAUGUCGGACACAAAGAUCGCAGCUCUGCAAGCUCAGCUCCAGUCUUCUACCAUCUCAUUCCAGAAAAUCGAAAAUGAGCUUGCCAGUGUAAUUGAAGCGAGGCAACGUCUGGACUCCCAGUUGUCAGAAAAUGAGCUCGUUCUUAAAGAGCUCAACUUGCUCAAAUCCCAUAACACAGUAUAUAAGCUCAUAGGGCCAGCCUUGGUUCCUCAGGUCUCAAGCGAAGCAAAAGUGAACGUGGAGAAGAGGUUGGAAUUUAUCCGGAGCGAAAUUAAAAGAGUAGAGAGCCAGUUGAAAGAAGUUGAAGAUAAGGCAGGUAGAAAGAAGGAAGAGAUUAUCGUACUGCAGCAACAAUUCCAAGCUUUACAAGCGCCCAGCGCUCCUCAACAAUCGAAGGCUUAGAUGUUCUAUAGACUAUCCCGAUGCAGAUACCACCGCCUGUUCACGCACUGUUUAAGCUCGCCCACAA